AUGCACCGUGCUACCAUGGCCACAGGCUCUAAAAAGAUGUCCUCGUCCAAAGAUAAUGAUCUCUCUUCAUUUCUACGGCUUAAACCUCUGGGCAAUGUGCCAAUUGGACGCAUGAACGCCAAUCUGGCCUCGCUCACCGUGGGCACCAUGAAUGCAACAGGAAGCACACUUAUUGUGGGUAAAUCCAAGGUCACAUCGGUCGCGGGCGUCAAGAACGACCAUCGAAGUUUCACAGAUCCUGUUAUUCUGCAAAAAGCACAUAUCAAUGGCCAUGCAAAGAGCUCUAGUCACUCAUAUAUCAGUCAUGCUAAAGAGAACAGAACAUCUCUCGAACUGCCGCCUCCGAUAGGUGCUGAAGAUCCAGUGCAAAUGACCGCAUGGUUCCACGAGCCACGAACAUAUGAACAAGAUGUUGUUAUAGAUCUGGCUGCGUUACCAGGUCUUAAAACGGGUAAUGUAUACGAGAUAGAACCCAUCAAGAAAGAUACAUCGAAACCAUCAAAGAAACUCGUGUUUAUCGUGAAGAAUCACAACAUAAUAUCAAAAGAUCUGACAAAUGCCAAUGCUGCAACACUCUCCAAGAAUAAACCGAACUUUCAGAUCUCGUUAUUAUCCAAUUUACAAAAGCUACUUGAUAUUCCACCUCGGUCUUCGGUCCAAGUCAAACUUAUUCCUGACAUCGAAACCGUAGAGCUAGAUACGGUGGAGGUUUAUCUCAAGGAUGUCAACUUUCCGCGAGAUUCUCAGUGGAGCAUCUCCUCUUCCAUGGUGGGAACUUGUUGUUACAUUGACCAGCGAGUGUCCUACUUGAGCAACAGGAUAGGAUUUGUCAAAACAAUAUUUAAAGACGGCCGGAAACUUUUCAGUGGCUACAUUGGACCCAGCACAAAUGUUAUUUUCCGCUCCGAAAGCGCAAAACUUGUUUUCCUAGUCCAGCUUUCUCGAGAAAUGUGGAACUUCGAAGAGAAUGGAGAGAUAAUGUUUCACAAGCUUGUCAACACGCUAUUCCCGAAGAUUUUCAAGAAGUGGCGCACCAGUAAUUCCCACCACUCAAUUACGAUUGUCUUGUUCUCUAGUGUGGACUUAACUAUGACUCCAUGGAUAUCACUUGGAGGAGGAGAGCGUCCUUCACAAUGCAAAGACUACUACAGAGUGGUGGUGGAUCAAGUUAGUGUCUUCAGUUGGGAUAAAAUUAUGGCUAACUUGCGACUCGAGUUUGCAAAUUUCAAAAGGGACAUCUUGUUGGACUUACAGGAUGGGAAGGCAGAAAUCAGAGGAGAGCCAUGUCCUUCUGUGAAGGCUAAUUUACUCGAGGCUAUUAAUCUAAGCUUGAGUUUGGUUUGUGACCGGUUCAGAAACACAGACUUGAGACACACAAUUAACCACUUGGUGGUUGUCUCCCCAGGAACUGGUCUCUUCGAUGUCGACUACGAUGACAUGCUUAGUACCUCUAAAAAGAUGUUUAGUCUCGACAUUGCUCUUGAUAUUGUCUGUUUAAGUCAGCCUCCACUACAUACUGUACCAUUAUUUCGAUAUAGGGAUGUUCAUGGAAAGGUCUGUCAUUGCGUUCCCAAAUGGUGCGAUAUCUCCUUUUACUCUGAACCUUCCGUUCAGUCAUUUCAUUGGAUCCCGAGAUGCAAAAUCUAUGAGCUUCAAAUGAUGGGUGUGAUGGAGAAUGAGGUAAGUGAAAUUCAGAUUGAUCGAAUGCAUUUCAAGGACAAGAUCCCCAUCACGGAGUCUAUGGAUAUUUACGAUGAAAAACUUUUCCGUCCUGUCAAUGAUAAGUCGUUUUCCUCUCAUUCACCUCCGAAACUGAAACUUAAGACUGCCACCCCUGACGACUUCGCAACGUUGUCUUUAAUUGGGGGAUUUGAGCGGACUACCAAACCAGCCGCUGCCAAAACCAACACUUCUAUGACAACUUCAUCCGCGCUGGGAACAGUGGCUGGAACAACUAAUUCAGCCUUAUCUACGCUUUACAAUUUGAACAAGAAUGGAGAAGAAGUCAAAGGCAAGCUAUUUACACCCCUCCGGACUCUUUCUUCCACGCCAACUUUGAGAAGCCAGGAAAGUCGUCUCGCAUUAAGAAUUGCUCCUAUAACGAAGCCGUUAGCAAGGCAUCCAACUCCGGACCUUUCACUCAACUCGGAUCCUCAGAAAACCAUAAAGAACAGAUUACGAAAACGAGACCACGAUGAUUCUAAAAGAACCGAACGAAAGCCAACUGUCUCUGAACAAGAGAAAAACGAAAGAGAGGAGAACAAUCCAUAUUGGAUGCCGAUCACUAAUCCUUCGAAACAAUCGUCAGCAUCCCAAAUCCCCUGUAGCAGAUGGGCGGAUGUUUUUCCACCGAAAAUUGUCAGAAGCAUGUUCAAAUGGAGAUCUCUCAAAGCUCCAGCUGCCCUUCCAAUCUCCACCUCCUUAUUUCCAACUAGCAAACAAUUGGAGGCUCAGUACACAUUUCAGAUUUAUGUGGUGACUUUAAACCUUGAAAAUAGACUUGAACUUCAGACAACAAGAGAGCUUAUGAGGGAAAUGAUUAGAUUACGUCUUGCUAUGGGAUUUCAGAUCUGCUAUGGUGAUAAGGUGAAGAAGAUAGAAGCAGAAAGAAAACCUGGAGGAAGCCCAGAAAGCAUGAUCAAGUACUUCCCACCCGGUGAUGCAACCGGCGCUCGGAUUUAUUUAUCAUUGAAUGAUGAAAUCCAUCGCUUGUUUUUCGAUUACAACGGAACUUUAAAUGUUCAACUCUAUCGAAAAGUGAAAAACCAAGAGCAUUCCAAGAUUUCGUUAGGAUCUAGGAAAAAGAAUGAGCAGGACUCAAUUUUGAUCAGAACUAGAUACGCUGACGAAUACACUCCUUCAAAAAUUAAGGAUACCAAUCCUUCAACUUUCAAUUGGAAUCAGUUCGAUCAGCUCCUUGCUGGUUAUGACGAUGGUUUGACAAGUGUAACAAAGGAGUUGCACAAGAUGAAGUUUGUUGUCAUGCCUGGGUCAAUUCCUGUCAAUGCCUACAAUCUUACAAAUGAAAAACUUACAGAUGAGGAAAUCAGAGUUGAAGGAUUAAGAAAAUUGAUUGCAACAAUUGAGAGAGGAAAGUACGUUAGAACGGAAGACAAAAAGACAAAUAGGAAAAAGGAGGAGAUUCUUCCAGAAAUCAGCUUUUAUACGGGGAACCUCUACGAUUUCCUCAAUGAGCAGGCUGAGUACUUCGAUGUAAUUGGGGCCAAACCGGACAAUUCAUUAAUGGUGAAUGAUGGAGUGCGAUUCAAUAUGAAUAUCAAAUUGUCGACGUUGGCCGUUCAAUUACAAGCCCCAGGCGGACUUAAAUUGGUGGACAGAGCUUGGCAUUUUAAGAUUCACCCUCAUUGUUUCCUUGGUAGUGAGUUGGUAUCUUGGCUCAUCGAAGCGUUCGAUGAUAUCGACAGUCGAGAAGAUGCAAUUAUGUACGGUCAGUCUUUGAUGGAUAAGGGACUCAUUAGACACGUGGAACAGAGACACGGAUUUUUGGAUGGCCAUUAUUUCUACGAAUUCAAGGAGGAGUUCGCAGACCCAACGUACAAGGCAAAACAAGCUUCUACUGGAUGGUUCCGAAAGAAAGAAGGGACCGAAAACAAUGUUCCAGCUGUACCAACCAACAAGACUUCGCAUACAAGAAACAACUCAGAUAACGAUUCUUCCCUCUCGGCGAAUACCGAGGCUCCGCUUGACCUUCGGAGAGUUAUCUCUCAAAAUUGGCAGCCUGAUAGUGAGAACUCUUCACUCGCCGAUUCUCAGAAGCUUAAAAAGACUAAGAAGUUCAUAAUCAGCAAAAAGGUGAAAUAUGAUUGUGAUCCACUCCGAAAGUCAUUCAGACCUGAAGUAGUCGAUGUUCAUUAUGAUCGUGUUCACAAUCCUGAGCAUUGUUACCAUAUCCGUCUUCAGUGGCUCAAUACCACUCCCAAAUUCAUUGACGAGGUGAUUAUCAGUUGGUCACGUCUUUGUGAAAGAUAUGGGUUAAGAUUAGUGGAAACACCCUGGAGAGAAUUGUGCACUAUCCCACAAUUGAAUCCAUUCCAUUCUUUUGUCGAUUUGAAACUUGCAGUGAACCCGUUGACAGACCCUGAGUUCAAGGAUUCCGAUGUUCUCACUGGCAAUAAGUUUUACUUUCACCUCCAUCUAUUGAAGAAGGCAGAUUUCUUGUUAGACAACCGAGGCACAUCAUUCUUUCUGAAAAACAACAUAGAAAUUUGCUAUAGUUGGGGAGCACCCUCAUUCAAAUAUGCUCAGUUCAUACACAAGACUGGGGCUUAUAUUGUUGAAUUAAGAGACAAUGGCAACUUUUUCAUGGCGCCAAACAAUGUGCACAUUUUAAGAGUGAAUACACUAUCUAAUGCUAUCGCUGAGCUGAGCGGAAAGCACACAGUGUUCGACUCACAAAAAGUGAUGAUGAAGUUUCGAGAGUGCUGCAAAGAUCCUACGUAUUUGCGUGAAGUCUUUCAUGAAGCAUCCAGACACUUCCACCAGGAGUACCUGGAAGAUUUCUUACUAGGUAUGUAA